UAAUUAUAGAUAUUACCAUGGUGGAAUUUUGAAUAGAAAGUGUCGAAAACCAUUAUAUGAGGGUGGAGAAAUUACUCGAAUAUUCGAUGUGGAUAUUGAUAAGAUGUCUUACUUCGACCUAACUAAUGAUAUUGAGGAGUUAGGGUAUACUAAAAGUUGCACAUUUUAUGUUAGGCCACCUAGGAGUGAAUUUCUAUUAGAUAUACAAAAUGAUGAGGAUAUUUUUUUAACUUUCACAAAGCUUUAAAAAUGGAGAUAUUGUUGAGGUCUAUGUUUGUCACAUGGUUGAUGAAUUGGGAGGCCCCAUUGGUUUGUUGGAAUACACUCCUACCAAUAAGGAAUCUUUUGGUGCUUCUAAUAAAGAAGGGGACAGGGGGUUGAUGAUAUUAAUGAAAAUGAGUUUGAAGCUACAACUACUCAACCAGUAGUUGCAACUAAUCAACCUGUAGCUUCUCAAACUUCUUUGAUUGGCGACCCUGAGGUUGUUGCACCUACUCAAUCAUCAACUACUACUACUACAACUGUUGAGCCUGAGACUGAUGCACCUACUCAACUAACAUUUAAUCCAACUGUUGAAGAGGAUGACUUUUCAGUGCUAGAUUCAGACCAAUCAACUGAAAAUAGUUCAAAUUCAGACCAUGAAGAUCUAUUAAAUGAAGCUGAUGGUGAAUAUCGAAGUGUCCAUGAAGAAAAUAUAAACUCAAGGGUUGAGAAGAUGUCAUACCAAAAUAGGAAGAGAACAGAAAGAGCACCAAAAGACCCUGAAGAAGUUUCAGUUGUUGAAGUUGGUCCAGAUGUGAGUUUUCAUGAGACUGAAUCUGUUGAUAAAAAAAGGAGUGUAGUAGAACAUAAAAUAAGAACACAUGGGCAUGAUUUUUGAAAUUGUUGAAAGAGCUGGGAUUAGGUGAUGGCAGAGAUUAUACACUAAUUUUAGAUAUGCAAAAGGGGCUUACAUCAAUAGUUAAACAUCUUUUAUCAGAGGUGGAGCAUAGGAUGUGUGCAAGACACAUUCUUGCUAACUGGGCAAAAUAUUACAGAGGUUUAGAAAGAAGGAAUCAGUUUUGGAAAUGUGUAAGAAUCACCUUUGAGGCAGAGUUGAAGGCAAAUUUGGUUCACAUGGCAUUGUUAGAUUUUGUUGCUGUUGGAUCAAGUAAUGAAGUAGGUACUUGUAGAGCAAUUCCUAAACCUAGAGUAAGGCCAAGAAAGACACCUACUACUACUACUACUGAUGGAGAACCUUCUAAGCUUAAGGGAAGACCAAGAAAAACAAAUGUUAAUCUUGAUGCACCUCCUUCUAGGCCUAGGGGAAGGCCAAGAAAAACAACAAACAAUGAGGCAUCUGCAAGAAUUUGUGGACCUAUUGCAACAUCAACUAUAGGCAGGGAAAGAGACACAACAUUGGUAAGGGCUGAUACAACACCUGCAAGGAAAAGAGUCAUAGGCAUUGGAAGGGCUGAUAAAACACCUACAAGGUGAAGAGGCAUAGGCAUUGAAAGGGCUGAUACAACACCUGAAAGAACUUGUGAACCUAUUGCAACAUCAACUAUAGGUAGGGGUAUGACUUUUGAAUCUCUUCAUUUUCAAAUCCUUUUUAUAAAAUUGAUUUUCACACAUGUUGUAACAUAGAAAGAGACACAAAACCUGUAAGGUCUGAUACAACACCUGCAAGGGGAAGAGGCAUAGGCAUUGGAAGGGUUGAUAAAACACAUGCUAGGGGAAGAGGCAUAGGCAUUGGAAGGGGUAGGGGAAUAAGUAAUACGAGUGUUCAAGCACCAGGAAGGGGUAGGGGUUUCAAAGUACCUCUAAGUGGUAUAGGAGUGUCAAAGAGGAUAUCUUUGCAUGAGUGGUUUGAAAAUUCAACAAGUUACACUACGAGUGCUCCACCAAAUCCACCUUUUUCACCUGUUCAUUCUCAAUUAAUGCAGUACCUACUAAAAGGUCCAGAACAGUUGGAAUGAGAGCUUUAUUGCUGAAAAUAGCUUAAAAAUAUACAAUGUAAGUCCUAAAAUCUCUGUUAACUUUGUAUUAACUUCAAUGUUUCCUUAAUGUUGUCAAAAUUUUCUUCCUACAUAUUACAGCCAGGACUUCCAAGUAAUGGGAUAUUAUAUACAGGUUGUAGACAACCUAUCAAUUCUGUUGAUAUUACUUGGGACCUUGAUUUCAAACCAACAACUAGUGUAAGGUGGAAAGGGAAAAAAGCAAUGACAUCAAAUCAACUUGAAGUGAUGAGGGAUGGGAUGAGAGUGAACCAAAGACAGAAAAUGCCUUCAUGAGUAGUUUAACCAUUUUGAUAGUUUUUUGAGAUAAAAGAUGAUGUAAGAUUGUUACUGGGCAAGUUAUUUCACCAAACAAUGUGAUCUUAUUUACCAUGUUUUGAAGUUGUGAUGCUUUAGUUGAACAUCUAUGUUAACUUGAUAUAAUGAUUUUGUUAAUCAACUAAUGUAUGUUACAUUUGCUUGUUUUAA